AUGGCUGGAGUCAAGAAAGGUGCUCAGGUUAAUCAAGUGGUGACUAACCAGGAACCUGGUUGGGCAAGUCGAAACGACAGUGAAGACCCUGCCAGUAAGAAAAAAAGCACAAAGUCGAAGAAGAAUUUGACAGACGAAGAUAAAAACAAGUUGACUGCAACUCUGGAAUCGGUACAAACUGAUUUGGCAUCGUUAAAGGAAGCAUUCUACCGGUCACAACAAAGUCAGGGGGAGCUGAUAAUGGACAAUCGCACAGUCGACAAAAGCAAAGGAAAGGUCAAUGUGAUUCAUGUAAACAGUGUGGUGAACAGGUAUGUGACCAUUGCUUUAAGUGUGGAUCAAGUGAACAUUCUGCAAGAGGGUGUAAGAAGAACCAGGAAAACGGCAAUCGGCUACAACCAGGGGACGGGGAGUAGCCCGUGA